GACUAGCACAAAACUCCAUUUUUUUUUCUCAGACCACUGUCGAAAAAAUAACAAAAAAUCCCCAGAUUUCCUUUUUCUUUUUCCCAUUAGCAACGUUGAUUCGCCUCAAAGCCUAGUGAUCCGCUGUCUCUGGGGGAGAUCUUUGAUACUCGUUGCUUUCAUCGGGAAUUUUUGGGUUGGUCCUAAUAAUCAAAUGAAAAUAUACUUAAGGGGUCUGGCUCAUCCUUCACCGUCAUUCAUACUAUAGCUAUUUGUCCUUUUUAGUUACUGGCCGUUGUUUCUGCUUAUUGGGAGAGUUCAAUUGCAUAAUUUAGAAAACCAAGUUCACAUACCUUGUUUGUCAUUCAGUUAGCGUAGCAUAAAUUAUUACUGUCAGUGGUAGAAGGAAUUAUUAACCCAUUGAGCUAGUUGCCAUGUCAGAUGGGUUAGAUGGAGUAGAAACAUUAAUAAUUUGUUGAGUGAUGAAUACAUUACAAAAAAAACUGUAGUUUCAUGGAUACUAGAAAAGAAGGAUUUGCGCCUGCAAGCCAAAGGUUCAUGCAGCUUCCGUCUACUUCUACAAACACCAAUGUUAGGCCUCCAGAGACUACUGUUAGGCCUCCAGAGACUACUGCAUCUAGCAAUGUCAGGCCUGUAAAUUACUCAAUUCAGACAGGUGAGGAAUUUGCACUUGAGUUCAUGAGAGAGAGGGCGGUAUCCAAAAAGCCAUCUGGAGAUCAAAAUUAUGCCACUGGCUAUAUGGAUCUAAGGGGCAUGCUAGGAAUUUCCCAAACAGGAUCUGAAAGUGGGUCUGAUGUUUCGAUGCUUAUGAGUGGAGAUAGAACUCAUUUUAAGGAAAUUGAGAAGAGCAACACAUCUGAGAUUGAAAAUAAAGGUUGCUAUGCUUCUUCAAGGUCAGCACCACGUGCAUUAUCAGGAAUUUCUGGGUAUUCAUCUUCAGGAGCUCCUGAUUCCUCAUCGAAGAAGAUGAAGGUCCUCUGCAGUUUCGGUGGUAAAAUCUUACCCCGACCAAGUGACUCAAAACUAAGGUAUGUUGGAGGUGAUACAAGAAUUAUUCGAAUCAGCAGGGACAUCACCUGGCAAGAACUUAUUCAGAAGACAUUGGCUGUAUAUAAUCAACCUCACACUAUUAAAUAUCAAUUACCUGGAGAGGAUCUCGAUGCAUUGGUAUCGGUUUCUUGUGAUGAAGAUCUCCAAAAUAUGAUGGAGGAGUGCAGUUUCCUUGAAGGUGGCGAGGGAUCACAGAAGCUUAGGAUGUUUCUCUUCUCCAAUGAUAUUGAUGAUACACAUUAUAGCUUAGGCAGUAUGGACGGAGAUUCUGAGAUUCAGUACGUGGUUGCUGUCAAUGGGAUUGAUCCAACUAUGAGAACUUCAAGUGAGCCAGGAUUAGCGACCUCAUCAGCGAGCAAUAUGGAUCAAUUACUCAAUCUUACGGUAGAAGUUGGCAGGGAUGCUCCAAAUAGAGUUGUAACCGAGUCAGCUGGGAUCCAAACUGUACCAUUCUCUGGCAAUUUCGUUACUCCUACUACAGUGGCAUCACAAUUGCAGGCUAGUUUAUCAAGUGAAUAUGAUGCCCAUUUCCAUCCAUAUCAGGCCCAAAGGGUGCAGUAUGUUGAAGGUGAGCAAUAUCCAUUCUCUACUAUACAUCCACCUGAUAAUUUUCAGAAUACAAAUAGCAGAAUCUCCAUCCCUGGAUCUGUGCCUUCUGAUUAUGCCUAUAAUUCUCAAUAUGCACCUAGUCGAGGAACUUCUGCUCCAGUGCUUGAUAAUCUAUUAUCUGCACAAGAAUCAAAACCAACAGUUGAUAAUUCAACGCUGCAAAAAAGCGAAAGUGAAAACAUCCAACAUUUGAAUAAUGAAUUUACUACAUCCCAGCAGCUGCUGCAUGAUGUUUCAAUUUCAAAACAUAACGGAAAGCAGCAGGAGCCUGGACCACAGUCCUCCCCAAAUGAUGCGUAUACUGAUCAUGAUUCUGAAUUUAAUGAAGAUGACCAAUAUGCUUCUGGGUUUUCUGACUAUGAUUCUAUAGGCGCUGACCCACCUGCACGUCCUGCACGAGUCUUUCAUUCUGAAAGGAUUCCUCGGGAGCAGGCUGAGUCCAUGAAUCGCUUGUCAAAGUCUGAUGACUCUAUCGGUUCACAGUUUCUGAUGCUUCAAUCACAAUCUGGAGCUGUUCAUGUGUCAACUGUCGAAGGUGCUGAUCCUUUGCCUGAAGGAAAUGUGGUUUCUCAUAAAGUUAGGUCUCCCAUUGGAAAGCCACCUCUUCCUACUUCUACAACUAUUGAGGAUGGUUUACAGCAGUUUGAAAAAUAUAAAGAGUUAGCUAACACGAUCACACAAACAAAUAAGCUGGAGCCUGUUCAAGCUCAACCUGCUGUUUCUCAAGAGGAACCAUCGAUUAUCGCCCCAGAGAGGAAAGAUAUACUUAUUGAUAUUAAUGAUCGAUUUCCUCGGGAUCUGCUCUCUGAUAUUUUUUCAAAGGCUAGAAUAGCUCAGGAUUCAUUCGGGUUGACCCCUCUUCGCAAAGGUGAUGCUGGAAUCAGCGUCAACAUGCAGAAUCAUGAACCUCAACGUUGGUCUUUUUUCAGGAAUUUGGCUCAAGAUGAGUUUGCACGAAAGGACAUUUCUCUUAUGGAUCAAGAUCACGUAGGAGUUCCUAGGCCAUAUGAAUUUGGUGCAUUGGAGAGCAAGGGGGUUGAUUUGGGUCACAUGAAUUCGCCAGUGGAGUUUGAUGAGGACUUGCAACAAGAGAUAUUGGGCACUACUGAAGACAAUUCUAAUAUCUUACACCCAGGUCAUAUACCAUCACAAGCUGCUCAUCAUGGCGAAGGCUUGCAGGAGAAUUCUUUGCCAAGGGGAGCAACUGACUCAGCUUAUGAGGAGGUAAAAUUUGCAAUCGGGGAAGCUAGUGGGCCUGUUCUUGAUGCUUCCGUGGGUGACAUAGAUCUUAGUAACUUGCAGCUUAUAAAAAAUGAGGAUCUCGAGGAGCUUAAAGAAUUGGGUUCCGGCACAUUUGGAACCGUCUAUCAUGGAAAAUGGAGGGGCAGUGAUGUUGCCAUUAAGAGAAUAAAGAAAAGUUGCUUCACAGGUCGAUCGUCUGAGCAAGAGAGACUGACAAAUGAGUUUUGGCGUGAGGCUGAGAUUCUUUCAAAGCUUCAUCAUCCAAAUGUUGUUGCUUUCUAUGGUGUUGUGCAAGAUGGACCAGGGGGUACAUUAGCAACUGUGACUGAAUUUAUGGUCAAUGGUUCCCUGAGACAUGUUUUACUACGCAAAGACAAGUACCUUGAUUUUCGUAAACGGCUCAUAAUUGCAAUGGAUGCUGCUUUUGGGAUGGAAUAUUUACAUUCUAAAAAUAUUGUACAUUUUGAUUUGAAGUGUGAUAACUUGCUUGUGAACCUUAAAGAUCAGUCACGACCCAUUUGUAAGGUAGGCGAUUUUGGUUUGUCUAAAAUUAAGAGAAAUACCCUGGUUUCUGGUGGGGUGAGGGGCACAUUACCAUGGAUGGCUCCUGAGUUAUUAAAUGGAAGCAGCAAUAAGGUGUCUGAAAAGGUUGAUGUAUUCUCCUUUGGGAUAGUGAUGUGGGAAAUUCUCACUGGUGAGGAGCCUUAUGCCAAUAUGCAUUAUGGUGCCAUUAUAGGAGGUAUUGUGAACAACACAUUGAGACCGCCAGUGCCAGGAUCAUGUGAUCCAGAAUGGAGAAGGCUCAUGGAGCAAUGCUGGGCUCCGGACCCGCAGCAGCGGCCUUCAUUCACCCAAAUAGCCAGUCGGUUGCGUUCUAUGUCUGUGGCUUGUCAAAUGAAAGCAAACAAAUGAUGCAGUGAAUCCUGUAAUUGUUUGCUAUUUUCACUAUUUGAGAUGUUAUGUGAUAUUAUGUAUCUGUGUGACGUUAUAUAAAUAUAUAUAUAAACACAUGAAGGGAUUUGGUUCCCAUUAUUAGGUGUCAAACAAUAUGAAAUUUAUGUUAAUUUCUUUGUUUUUCCCCCCUUCAAUAGAUAUGGAUGAUUUGUUUAAGUAA